GUAACUAUACAUUCAGGAAGAGGUCCUUGGACUGUAAACUCUGCUGGUUGCACAUUAGCUUGCUAGGUGAAUCUGAUGGAAAAAUAACAGAGUUUGGUCGUUAAAUCCUCGUUAACCAUGUCUGCAAGAAACCCGGGCAUGCCCCUUGACCUGGAGUGGGUGUCCAAGGUGCGGGUGAACACCCAGGCAGUGCUGAAGAGAGCUCAUCAGAUCCAAGGACGCAACAAGAACAAGAAACAGUGGCAGGCGGCGUGGCUUCUGCGGGCGGUCACCUGUAUUGACCUGACGACCCUGGCUGGUGACGACACGCCCGGCAACGUCCACCGGCUGUGUAUGAAGGCUACCCAGCCUGUACGCAACGACCUGCUGAAGAGCAUGGACAUGCAGGACAAAGGUGUGACUACUGCAGCAGUGUGCGUGUACCCGUCUCGUGUGGCUGAUGCUGUGAAGUCACUGAAAGCAGCCAACUCCAGCCUACCUGUCGCCUCAGUGGCGACAGGCUUCCCUGCGGGCCAGACCUCUCUGAAGACCAGGCUGGAGGAGGUCCGUAUGGCUGUAGAGGAUGGAGCUAUGGAGAUAGAUAUAGUGAUUAACAGGACUCUGGCCCUCACUGGACAGUGGGAAGCCGUGUACGAUGAGGUGUGUCAGUUCAGAGAGGCCUGCGGGGAGGCUCACAUGAAGUCCAUCCUGGCUAUAGGAGAGCUGGGGACCUACACCAACGUCUACAAGGCUAGUCUGGUGGCUAUGAUGGCUGGGUCGGACUUCAUCAAGACGUCAACAGGGAAGGAGUCUGUCAACGCUACCUACCCUGUCGCCAUAGUGAUGGUCAGAGCCAUCCGGGACUACUUCCUGAAGACUGGACAUAAGGUUGGUUUUAAGCCUGCCGGUGGGAUCCGUACAGCCAACGAGUCGUUGGUGUGGCUGACUCUGAUGAAGGAAGAGCUGGGAGACGAGUGGCUGAGCCCUGGCCUGUUUAGACUGGGGGCUAGUAGCCUGCUGGCUGACAUAGAGAGACAGAUCUCCCAUUACGUGACUGGUCGCUACGCAGCCUAUCACCAGAUGCCCAUGGCCUGAAACCAUGCUUACCAUUUCCAAAGUGACCAAUCCGAAACCUCACCGAACCAGCCUAUCGCUGUGCAGUUUGCUUCCAGGUUCCUGGAAGAUGUCUCUGUAACUGUACUUGUCAGGAAUGUGUUGAUUUGAGAAGACGAUCAGAUCAAGUGAAGGAAAGAGAACCUGCCAUUUUACUGUUUACAGUACUUCUGGAAUAUCUGCCAUUUUACUGUAUAUAGUACUUCUGGAAUAUCUGCCAUUUUACUGUAUACAGUACUUCUGGAAUAUCUGCCAUUUUACUAUAUACAGUACUUCUGGAAUAUCUGCCAUUUUACUAUAUACAGUAUUUCUGGAAUAUCUGCCAUUUUACUAAAUACAGUAUUUCUGGAAUAUCUGCCAUUUUACUAUAUACAGUAUUUCUGGUAUAUCUGCCAUUUUACUAUAUACAGUAUUUCUGGUAUAUCUGCCAUUUUACUAUAUACAGUAUUUCUGGAAUAUCUGCCAUUUUACUAUAUACCAGACAUACUUCUGUAAUAUCUUACUCUUUGUGCCUUGAGACAGUUAGCCAGUAUUGUUUCCUCUAGUCCCCAUCCAAACAAUGUGAAACUAUGAUGCUGUAUGAUUUGAGUGUUGAUGAGUCAGUCUUAAUGAUCCAAUAAAUUGUAGUUGUUUUCAGAGUACUAUAUUAUACACAAUAUAAAGAUGUUGAUUCAGUUUUCUAUUACUGUUGUCGUUGUAAUGAAAGAUCGCCACCCAUUCUAAUCAUGUCUGUCUGGACAUCUUGAUGAAGAUCUUGAGGUGUGAUUAAAGACCAUUAAACAUUA